AUGGACAAUCUAACUACAGCCACGACUGUCAUCUCCGGUGGAGGUGCUGGAGGUAGCAAAGAUCUUUCCCUGAGUGUGGUGGGGUCUGGUGGAAAAGCUGCAUCAGGAGGCUCUAGCAGCACGAGCAGCUCAGUUCUGAUCACAUCCAGCAGCUCCCACAGUGCCAGUGGGUCCAGAGCUGGACAUGGCACUGGAGCUGUCAGCAUCACUACUAUAGGAGCUGUCAGCUCAGGUAGAGGAAGUUCAGCAGCCUCAGGUGGUUCAGCGGCAGGGUUCAGGUCUGCUGGAGGGGGGUCCUCCAGCAUUUCGUCCAGUUUUGCAAAUGGUGGCAGGGAUGGAAAAGGGGAAGGGGGUCUCGGUGCUGUGACAGUUUCAAAAGUGACAAAGAGCAGCCACGCUUCAGGAGGAUCUGCGGAAGUGAAGAAAGGAUCGUCCUCUGGAAUCAAAUACUCACCUGUUCCCAAGGAAAGGAAGAGCGUGACCACCAUGGCUUCAGCUCUCUCAGAUGUCUUUGAUGAGAGUUCAAGCACAAACUCUUCUCCAGAGUAUAACAGGAAGGAGUACAGCACCACGAUUGCAACUUCGAGUCCUGCCACCAGAGGGAGAGCUCAGAGCAGAGAGAGUGAGAUCAGGGCCAGGCUUCAGAGUGCUUCUCCUACAGCAAGCUGGACGGAGCUGGGUGACGUGAAGCGUCUGCUGAGAGGAAACAUCUCCACCAGCACCAGCCCUACUCAGUCCCCCAACAACACGCUGCCCAUCCCCAAGAAGGCCAGCACGGACACCAGGACCAUGUCUGAGAGCGCCAGCACAGACCAAUAUGGCAGCAUUUGGUCUGGAGGUGUGAGCAGCAGCUACAGCUACAAUACCAACCCCAACAACCUGUCCACUUCCUCCACCCUCUACCAGUCAGGAGGAGUUCAGAACAACCUGACAUUCAGCUCUCCUCCCGUGAACAGUGGACUGUCUGCCGGCAGCACUGUUCCUGUGUAUGGUGUUCAGAAUAACCUGGUCACCACCAGCCCCACAGUCCUCUCCCCCACUGGAAGCAACGCACAUUUUGUUUAUGGUGUGCAGAAAAAUGCAUCCAGCACUGGAUUCAUCACAACCACAGUGAGUCCCAGCGGUCCCACUCACGAGGAAGCCUCGGCCAAAGAUUUAAAGUUUGUGAUGAUCGAGAAGGAGAACGCUCCUGUCAACCAGACAGAGCGCCUGGUCAUGACCAAAGACACGGGGAAGCAGUUCAUGACUGCUGCACCUGCUAGUGCCUCUGCUCCCUACUCAGAAGACUCACUGAAGAGAGAGAAGCAAACAUUGUCAUCUGGCACAAUGGAGGAAGGAACGGAUGCCAAAUCUGCAACCGUAAAAGUUGCUACCAAAGACAAAGCCACCUAUGCAGAGAUCCAUGAAGAUAAAUCAGGCUUCAGCUUUGGCUUCUGCUCCUGCUGCAGCUGGUGGAAGUGGCUGCUUGGCCUCCUGCUCAGCCUGCUCCUCCUCCUCGGCCUCCUCUUCGGACUCAUUGCUUUGGGUGAAGAAGUGAAACGCCUCAAGAACCGCGUGGAUGCUCUCGAGGCCAUAACUGGCACUACCUCAGCCAGGACCAGCCACUUGUCAGCUGCCUCUGGCAUCAACAUCAUUGACCCGCUGGACUCAUCGUACAUCGACAGGAGUUCUUCUGGGUCAACCCUCACACACUCUGACAAUGGGAUCACCCUGGGGGCCGCUGGUCCUGGUGCAGGACAUGGAUCAGCACAGGACAGCGCUGCCCUGCAGAGGACCAUCCAGCAGCUGGUCAGGACUGAACUGCGAUCAGAUGCUGUAAGAGAAACACUUGCAUACUCAUUAAAAGGGGAGAGAGGACAACCAGGAGCGAAAGGUGACCCAGGGCCGCUGGGAGCAAAAGGUGACAGCGGCUUUCCUGGCCUGCCAGGUCCUCCUGGGCAGAUGGGUCACCCAGGAUUAGAGGGACCGAGGGGAACCAAGGGAAGUGCAGGAGAACCAGGUCCAGAGGGGCCACCAGGGCAGAGAGGCCGGGAGGGACAGAUGGGCCCCCGCGGUGAAGCUGGACCACCAGGUUUUGGAGAGAAAGGACAACAAGGUGAGCCAGGACGUACUGGUCCUGCUGGUGCUGCUGGACCUGUGGGGCCAAAAGGUGCCACUGGAGAGCCUGGUGAAGUAGGAAGUCAAGGUGCACCAGGUGCAAAAGGUUUCCCGGGUGAAGCUGGAGCUCCAGGAGAAAAGGGUGAUAGAGGAACACCAGGUCUGCCAGGAACCAAAGGAGAUCAUGGAGAGAGAGGACUACGUGGACCAGCAGGUGAACCAGGACAGCUUGGACCUCAAGGACCUUCUGGAGCGAAGGGAUCUAAGGGAACUGCAGGUGAAACAGGUUCCAUGGGACUCCCUGGUGUGAGAGGACCACCUGGAUUUGCUGGGGAUAUUGGUCCACCAGGUCCUCCUGGGAUUCAAGGACCCCCAGGUAUUGCUGGAAUUCCAGGACAGCCUGGUAUUAAAGGUGAACCAGGAUCACCUGGUAAAAUCAUCACUCCAGUUGGCUCUGAUACUGUGACUGUCCCUGGACCACCAGGGCCGGCUGGUCCUCCAGGUCCUGCUGGAAACCCUGGUCUGUCUGGUCCCAUUGGCCCUGCUGGUAUCCCAGGACAACCUGGUCCUAAGGGAGAACAAGGAGAGAAAGGAGAAAAGGGGGAGAAGGGAGCACAAGGAAACCCUGGUGAGCCUGGGAUCAGCACCACGAGUUCAGGAACUGACAGUGCCACCCAAACAGCCGAAGUUUCCUCUGUGUCUGGACUGCCUGGCCCACCAGGACCUCCAGGGCCUCCUGGAGCACCGGGUCCUCAGGGUCCUUCUGGUGAGGCUAAACCGGGUCCUCCAGGACGCAGAGGUCCUCCUGGACAGCCAGGUGUUGGUUCCCCUGGGCCUCCGGGAGAGAGAGGAGAGCCUGGCAGCUUUGUGCCAACCUCAGAAACCUUCUUUGCUGGACCCCCAGGACCCCCAGGACCCGCAGGCCCACAGGGUCCAGAAGGUGCCCGAGGGGGACAGGGGUACCAAGGUGAACCUGGUCAGCCAGGUCUUCCAGGGAGUCCAGGGGAACCAGGUGCUGGUUUCCCAGGUCAGCCUGGAGCUAGAGGCCCUCCAGGUCCAUCAGGACCAGAGGGGCCACAAGGACCUAAAGGUGAUGUAGGAGUCCCUGGCCCCCCAGGAGCCCCCGGAGUAUCUGCCGGUAGCUCAUACGGUCCUGCUCCCCCAGGCCCUCAAGGGCCACCUGGACUGCCUGGUCCACCUGGAAGAGAUGGAAGUGGGUCUGGAUCAACCGAUGUGGGCCAGUAUAUUGCAGAAUACCUUCAGAGUGACAGCAUCAGGCAGUACUUGGCUGGACCUCCUGGGCCCCCUGGUCCUCAAGGGGCUCCAGGUGCUUCAGGGUCUGCAAGGGACGUGCCGGUUGAUGAUUUGGCUACACGAGUUAUGGCUUACAUCCAAAGUACAGGUAGAGGAUAUGAUGGGACUCCUGGUCCUCCAGGACCUCCAGGUUCACCUGGCUUUCCAGGUUCACCUGGCUCCAUCUCUGUCAAUGACAUCAUCAACCUAUUGCAACGAGAGGAUGUGAGGAGAUAUGUUUCUGGUCCUCCCGGUCCACCAGGACCUCCUGGAGAUACAGACCAUGGCAGCUACAGAAUCAACACCCAGGAGGUGGCAAAUCGUGUCCUCAGCCUCAUGAAUGAGAGGGGGGUGGUAGGUGCUCCUGGACCACAAGGGCCUCCUGGGGCUCCAGGUCCUCCUGGAAACUCGUUAUCAACUGGGUAUCAAGUACAUGUGGGCCCUCAAGGGCCUCCUGGCCCCCCAGGUAUCCCUGGUCCACAAGGUCCUCAAGGUCCUCAAGGUCCUCAAGGUCCACCUGGCAUACCUAGCCCACAAGGAUAUGGGACCUACCUCACUUCAGAAAUCCGUGACUACCUUCAAAGUGUUGCCUUCAGGGGACCACCAGGCCCCCCUGGUCCCCAGGGACCUGAAGGACCCCCUGGUCAAAUAAGCGGAUUGGUUUCCUAUGCUGAGCAUGCCAACAGACAGGCGCUCAGAGCAGAACUGCAAGAAUAUAUCAAGAGUGAUAAUUCAAGAGCAGCUAUGUUUGGACUUCCUGGACCACCAGGCCCUCCUGGGCCUCCAGGACACAAGGGAGAGCCAGGCCUAAACAGCGCCAGUGACUGGAACCCGGAUACCAAAGAAUACAUCAACAUGGCUGUCAAAGUAACUGAUUACAUUAAAUCUUAUGGUCUGCUCAGUGAUGGUGAACGGAGCAACAAUGAACGCGCCACCCAAGGGCCGCCGGGACCACCUGGCCCUCCAGGUCCCCCUGGAUACAGCCGAUUGUUUGGUUCCUAUGAAAACGUCACUGAUUUAGUGGAAUACUUCAAAACACAUGGUGCCAUUGUGGGGCCGCCUGGGAGACCAGGACAGAAAGGGGACAUGGGAUUACCAGGACCAAAAGGAGAGAGAGGAGAAUCACUGAUCACUAGGAGGAGGAGGAGGGACGUUGGUGUUUAAGAGCCAAGUUACUGAAUAUGUGAAACUUUUUUGAUUAUAUAUCAUAUAUUAUGAUAUAUGGGAUUUGUCUGGUGUGUUUAAGGGUAAAGGUACUGAAUCACAGAAUUGAUGUGUUUGACCAAUGUGUUUUUCUAAAUGAUUUGUGAUUGUAUUUUUAUAUUCUUGAGUACUGAGUAAUCUUUGUGAAGUCUGGGUUUAUGUAUAGUUUUGAAUUAGGUUGUUUAACACAUUGUAAAAGGGUAAAAAUGUUCUCCAUUA